AAGUGGAGGCGGAGUCACCGGAAGUAGCGCUCGCAGGAGGCAUGGCUGGAGAAGGGGGUGUAGUUCCGCCGUUGAGGCUGGCGGUGCCUCCUUCUCCUCCUCCCCGGGAUCCGCUCCACCUCCUUCCCUGCCGCCUCCGGCACCGAGGACCGGCCCCCGUCCGGAGCUACUUCCAGCCGGCCAUCAGGAAGAACAGCGGAGGCGCAGAGUCUUCAGUGUCUUUUCGGGGGCGAAGCCUCAAAGGGAUACAAGUCUCGGUUCCCGAGGGCUACGUGGGACUGGUCCUGGAGAAGGAUGAGGCCCCUUUGCUGGAGCUGGAGGAGAGGCAACUGCGUGUGAAAUCGGCCUUUGAGUCUCUGACGGUGUGGAACCUGGAAGAGGCACCAAAGAGCACAGAUGAAAUCAUGAUGGCUCUCCAUUGGCCAAAGAUCGCGGAGGGGAUCCAUGCCACUGUGGCUGAUUAAGAAGGACAACAAACAGAGGGCGACCGCAACAUGAAAAGUUGGGGGAAAUAUGCCCAGAAUCUGGAUUUCUAAGAAUGCAAGAGUGAAAAGGCCUUGCCCUGCACUGUCUUUCCAGGUUAGACAUGGAUAGUACUCUCUCCCGAAGGGCAGAUUCUCUUUGCUCCUGCUUACUGUACAAUAAAGUCUCUUGACCUUUUUCUAUAUAUUUCAA